GAGGCGAUAGCAUGGAACUCUCAACACUCGGGCCAUAGCUCCAUGGUACACCUACUUGUUGUAUCCUACUAGCUUGAUGAUUUUUAUGCAUGAUGUGCGGUCUGCGAGUCACUCCCAGCCGUCCAUAUAAAUGAGGACCAUGCAGUCAUUUCAAGCGGGAAAUAAGUGAGUUUGCAGACGACAAGGAAAGUAUGGCAGCCUUUGGCGACCCAGUCCCCGAUAUGGACCCAUCGGAUGAAUGCACGAGAUUGAGGACAGGCUAUCUAGACCAACUCAACCUGGACAACGGCAAAGUCAGAAAGAGAUGGGUGGUAUUUCAAGGGAAUCAACAAUCCGGUCUCUUCCAGAUGAAAAUCUACAAGAACGACAAGGAGAAGCUCCUCAAGAGCUCCUACACCCUGACCAAGGAGACGCUGGUGGGCACCGAGCGAGGCGCGCUCCAGAAGCCCAAGAAGAAGCGCGAGAAGUCAGCCUACUGGGCCGUCAUCCUGGUCACUGACACCGUGGUGUUUCAAGAACCUGCGAUGUGGGACCAGGGCGGCAUCGGCAUGGAGCUGCGGUCCUGGGACACUGUGGUCAAGUCGUACUUUAGCAAUGAGAGUUGGGUGGUGAAAACACUAAAAGGCUUCGUGGCACCCGAGUUCCAGAUGACCCUUCACGUUACCCGUCAUGCAUUGAGCCUGGUCACCAUGAACCCACCCAAGUGCUGCAAGCGAUUGGAACUGUCGAGAAUCUCCGACUAUUGGUCCAGGGACGGCAUAUUCUACUUUAAGGUGGAUGUUGCGUCCAGUGCCGAAGCAGAUUUCGAAAUGAAGGCGGAGUCGGAGUCCCACGCGAGACGCAUCCGGCUGUGUUUAGACAGAGUGCUGGCACCGGUCGGCUUGCCGCCACUAGACCUUAGCUCCGAUCGCCCACCGCUGCCCAGCGAUAGGGCGCCAUCUCCCGAGAGGUACACUCCGUCUCCAACGCUUCAGAAGAAGUUCCCGACAAUAGCGCCCUCACUGCUCGGCGGGGAAGAGCUAUGAUUUUUAUUGGCCAGUGUAAAUGACGGAUGAACCAGUGGUCUUGAUUGGAGAGAUUGUUGUUUAACCUUAUGACCGAGACACAAGAUUGAGACAAUGUGUGGAGGCAGAAACAGAGACCGACUAGGCAUAAUAGCUGGUAUCCUGGUCUGAUAACCAACUCCAUGGUCAUUCUAGGCCACAUGAUCUAAACAAGGGUACGUUCGAAUGGCUACAGCUUGUAUACGCAUGCGCCUACGGAAGCGGUGAAAGUCACUUGCCAUACACAGGUGUCUUACCGACGGCGCCCAAAUUAAAUUUGGACGCGGACUGACGAAACCUGUUUUCAACUUCUCGCUCAUUAAAUGUGUCCUGUCCUUGGCAACGGGGUAACCAUGGUGCCAUUAUGCAGUUCUAGUGGAAUGUUCAUGUGGCCCUGUGACCCAAAGUGUCAACACUUGAAAAUUUACACAAAAUUACAUAAUAGCACAAUGCAUUGGACUGAGCUGGACGAAAGACCCUUCAUCUACAUACAUAGCAGCUUUACGGACCAAGGCCACGUCUGAAUUGGGGAAUUUUGUGGCUACGACUUCGAUUGGUUUCAAAUCGGCGCGCAUCCGGUGAACGGCCGUAGCCAUAGCCAUAGACAACAAUGCCUAUAAUUGACACGAGCUACCCAACCGAUCAUAAACAUUAACGACCGGGUGUUAAAGGUUAUUUAAUUGUUGAUCAAAAUAUACUAUUGCUUAAUUAUGGAAACGUUUAUCGUCCAUCAAAACAUUAUAAUUCUUAACCAUAAUGGAACGUUUAUCGAUCAAAACAUUAUAAUCCUUAAUUAUAAUGGAAACGUU